AGAGCAUCGGAGAGAGUACUGUCAACUGGGUUGAGGCUUAGACUUCUCUACGGCAAGUUGUCGAAACGUCGUCAAGUGAUCCAUCUUGGGAAGUAGGCCCAUUCAGUUGCAGUGUUAAUUAAUGGCUUGUUCUUCAGUUGAAAAACGAGAACACACCAUGCGAGUACAGUAUCAGUGAGUACAGCACCUCGUUCCCUCAGUGUGGAGCUGUAAAUUUGCUGUGCCGGGCUUAAUUAGUACCAGCAACUCCGAGAGGGGGUUCAAAACCAUAAACAUCUGUGCAAUCGGACGCCUGAAAAGUUUCACUCGUUUAGUUUAUCGCGCCGAAUUAGUGAGCCGGUCCGUCGCAACCAGGGAAGAAGAUGAUACCGGGAAGAAGUGAGAGAUCGUGGCUGUGCGUUGUUGCUGUCGUGUUGGUCCUUCUCCAGCUUACUCGGCAUGUUCACUCCCAGAGCUCGUCCCCGUCCCCGACAACGCCAAGCCCUGCCUCUUCCGCCGGCGGAUCCGUACCGCCUGGCACGGCUAGCGCUAGCGGGACCGUUGCUAGUGCUAUUUCCGCCGCGGCACCGUCAAGUGCAGGUGACAACUCGACAGAUACGCCUGCGAUGGCUGGUGCCAAUGAAACAAGUAAGGCCAAUACAGCCAUGCCAGCAGCGACCGGUAACAUCACCGCGACAGGGCUCACCAGCACCCAGAAAACCAUCAUUAUCGCCGCCUGCGCAGGCGGUGGAGGAAUCCUGAUUAUCGUCCUCACCGCUGGCCUCGUCUACUGUAAGGUCAAGGCGAACAAGCGCCGGAGAGUGCAGGUGACCACGGUUGGACCCCCGGUCGACGCUGCUGCGGCCGACUUGAGCGACCGUGGCCGAUAGGCCUUGGACCCUUGAGAACAAAGCACACGGGGGGGGUCACUGGUGGGGGGAGUGAGAUUGAAAUCUUGUGUUUUGUCCAUUUUUGGGUCAUGUCGUUCGGUUUUGAAUUAUUUAAAGAGAUUGUGAUUGGUCAACGCGUUGCAAACUUUUGGAGGCGCACUGUUGUGAAUCAUCCAUAUUCAAAAGAGAAAAAAAACCUACAAUAAAACCCCGAAGAAAUGAUUUAGAAGAUGAUUUUAGGGAGACAAGGUAAUUGACCGUUUGUUUGGGGUCGGAUUGCAUGGAAACUUACAGUCAUAAGAAGAGGCGUUCCCCGCAGUAAUGAAAGGUUUUUUGGAGGGGGGUAGUUAUGCUUAUUGUCUCUUUUAACCCUUCAAUGUACUUAUGUUUUUUUAAGACUGCAGAAUGGACGAACUCGGUAUUUCAAAAAAGGUAAGGUUUUUCGAGCAAAUCAGCGCGUGAGUCGAUACUGAUAGGACCGACCUUGCGCACGUGUAUUGCUGUUCUCAAGUGACCUCCGACGCGCUUCAAUUUGGGCUUGCGCUUUUGGAAUACCGGACUUGCUCACUGGGAAUUUUAGUUUCCUUUUAGUAGUUGUUUCAUUGGUUGAUGCACGUUCUUUAUCAAAUUUUGCUACCAUUUAAAACAGUGUCGUAAAUUUGUACAAAAACAAAACGCUGCCUGGUCAUGGAUAAUUGAAAGGGGGUAUGAAACCAUGUGAACCUGGGGGCGCUGUUCGUGAUACUGAUGUAGAGUACAUCCUUAACUUUACGCCAACAGCGAGUUAAAAGCUGUUUCUUUAUGUUUUCCCGUUUUCAGUUUUAAUGACUGGAUUUUGUUGACUGGGAAGUUCGUUUUCUCUCCACGAAAAAGUGGGAAAGAUUAAACAGCACCCCCAAAGUGGAAGAACACCCCCCAAAAAAGAAACUACCCGGGAAAUACAGCCCCAUCCCGGAAGAUUUACGCCCGUUUUUAAGAGACCCGUAGAGUGGUCCUGUCCUCAUGUUGCAUAUUGGUUUAUUAGAUAUUUGUAGGUGUGGAGCUUGUUUUGUGUUGUUUUCAUAGAAAGACUGCGUGAUUGCGUUUUGAUUGACUAUUUUUAAAGGCAAAAUUGAGAAUAAAAAGCAUUUGUGAUCAAGACAACUA